AUGAAUGCUGGAGAUGGUAUCCCUUCGCCAUUGUUGCAGCUUUUGUCGUUUGAAAAAAUGGUUGGUGAUCCAAAUGACAAUGACAGAUACAAAAUAGUCUUGUCAGAUGGCACGUAUAUGCAGGUAGCCAUUUUGCCACCCAAGUAUGUUGACUUGUUGCAUGCAGAGACGUUGAAGAUAGGCUCUAUUCUUUUGUUGAAAAACUAUGCUUGUCGAUAUGUUUGGAACACAAGGACCAUCAUUAUAUUCACUCUUGAUGUGAAAAAAAUGGAUUGUCAUUUGGUUGGAAAACCUCGAUACCUCUUUAAAGAACAGGAAGAGCAAAUGUUGGGCCGAGAAACCCCACCCUCUACUAAACGUGCUCUUAAAUUCAAUGCAGAUUUGCCUUGCCCACAAAAUGCUCCCUCUGAAAAUAUCAGCCCUAUUAAAAACUUGAACCCUUACCAAAACAAUUGGACCAUAAAAGGCCACGUAACAAAUAAGAGGAAUAUGCAUCAAUAUAACACGCCAAAGUGCAAUGGCCAGGUUUUUAGUUUUGAUAUUAUAGAUGAAGAGGGUUGUGAAAUUAGAAUCACUUCCUUUGACGAAAUAGCAGAAUUGCACUAUCACCAAGUUGAAAAAGGAGCUUCAUAUGUUCUUUCCAAAGGUACUAUAAAAGAUGCAAGCACAAUAUACAAUAAUCUUAACAGCCACCUUGAGAUUAUCUUGACUGAAACUUCAGUUUUGAAGCGGUCUACCCCUGAUGCUGUUGAGACUGGAAAAAAAAAAAAAAGAAGCUUCACCCCUAUUAAUGAAAUUCUCACCACUACCAACAAUACUUUGAUUGAUGUUAUUGGUGUUGUUGUCAAUGUCGGAGAGAUUUCUGUAAUUCGUAGAAAGGAUGGCUCUACUGUAAACAAGAGAAUAGUAAAAAUAAAUGAUAUGUCAACUUUGACAAUAGAUGUUAACCUUGGGGCCCGCCAUCAGAACAACUAG